AUGGCUGCUGUUCAACAUAUUGGCUCUUUCUACACGAGCAACCCUGCCAUUGGAAUCCAAGAUUCUCUUUUGGGGCAGACGGAACAGAUAGAUGGAUUCACCGUGCAGGCGACCCUACUCACGGCAUUGGCAAAGAGCAUGUGCGCGGAGCAGGGCCCUGCCGAUGAACUACUAUUGAAGGCAAUGCACCAAGCAAACCUCAUUGGCAUGGAUACCAAGGCACUUGCAGACAUUGUUUCUGAAAGCGAUCCGGUGCUCGCAGAAAGUUGGAGGCGCACAAUGUGGAUGUUGUACGUGAGCGACGCAAACUUUGCCGUUAUCCGACAGGACUAUACCUUGAGGCUGAAGGACAUGAGCUUCGACAUGGAACUACCAUGCGAAGAUAAGGAGUACAAUGAAAUGCUCAUCCCGCCGACAAGAACGACAUUUGCAGAGUAUCAUAACCGCGAGUACGACAUGCAAGAAAAAUCGUUUUCUUCGUUUGCAUACUACAUCGAUGCAAGUGUAAUAUUUGCUACCACACUCCACGCAUCGCUCAAGUUCAAGACGACAUCUAAAGCAGAGACACUGUGUGAUGACCUCGAGGCCAAGAUCGCUGGCUGGUUUGCCAUGCUACCGCCAAGUAAACGAGAUCUCGAUGUUCGGCCUGCCUUUUUGGAUCAGCUGAUUUUCCAAUCACAUAUGAUGAUGUACACGCCCUUCUCCACCCUUCGAUAUGACCCUAUUGAAGCAAUCUCAAGCUGUGGGUCGCCUCCCCCUCCGCUGUUCUUAGGAAUCAGCGGUGGAAGCGGACUGAACCGUCAGUCACAUCUGCAAAAGCUCUUGCAAGCCAUCCGCAAGCAGAACCAGUGCCUUAUCAUCCUUCCCGCCGGCUCAGCCCAGCUAUCCCCUUUCGUCAUCUGUAUGGUUGCCUGCUGCACCAUUGCUCACCUCGUAGCUUGCAAGUCGGCACUACCAGAAGAUGAAGCCGAAGUAGCCCGAUCCCGGAUCCGCGUUUGCCUUGGCACGCUCAGGCAUUAUGAGGGCAUAUGGCCGAGGGCCAAGAAGAUAUUACUAGAGCUCAAGAGAAUCGCCAAUUCCAUUCUCCAAACUGAGAUGGUCACCUUGCAGUUUCAGUCCGCCUAUACUGAAGUCUCUGCAGGUCAGCAAGACACCACCAUUGGGGAUUUAUUUGAAGAAGAGUGGCUUGAUGCUCUGAGGGAUUUGACAUGA